CACACACACACUCUCUCUCUUAUCUCGGCACACACAAAUGCACACACACACACACAAUCUCUCUCUCAAGCACAUUUGAAAAUAGAUUGCACAGUAGGUUUUAUGCUCCAUUCUCUUAAUAUCUCUGUGAGUUUACAACAUACUGAAAACACACCAGCACACACAGACACACACUGGAACACAUCUCUCAGACACAAUGUGCAGACAGAUGAUAUUAUUUCUAUUCAUCAUUCUGGUGGGAACAUCCGCAAACGAGUUGUUCCAGUGGCCACGCUUCGUGGGCGUUAAAACGGGCAGCCGCGUGACCCUGAGCUGCGUGGACAAGGCCAGCGGAAAAGGGGACAAGAUGCAGGAGGUGUCCUGGCGGAAGGCCUUGUCCCCCGGCAACCCGGACCAUCCGCUGGAGCAGAGCAAGGACGUGAACUUCGGCCAGCGGACCGGGCGGAUGACCCUCAGCAGGAUGCAGACAGAGCACAGCGGCAUCUACUUCUGCUACAUCAACGGCACCAAGGGCCCGGGCAGCGAGGUGCAGGUCCACAGGCCUAGGGACUUGGUGGCGGCCAUUAGGAGGAGCAACAUGAAGGAUGUGGUCAUCUUCAUCCAGGCCUCUCUGCUGGGGGUGUUCCUCCUCUUACCUCACUUCUGUUACAAGCAACAACAAGCGAAAGAGGAGGCUGUCUAUGAGGAUCCCCAUGAUGACCACACUUACGAGGGACUGGAUAUUGAACAUGUUGUUCUCUACGAAGACAUCCCAGCAUUCAGCGGGUGGGACGCCGAUGAACCCUGUGUCGCCGAUGAACCCUGUGACAUGGAGUCUCCAGACCAAGAGUGAUGGAUGAACACAUGCCCUUCCAAGCACCCCCCCACCUCCUGAACACACACACACACAC